AUGUGGCCUGAGAUAUUAAUAGGAAAUGAUGAUCUUAGGUCUAUUGUUAAAAAUGGUUCGUUAAACAACAUUAACUUUGAGAUCCUCGCAAAUACACAAAUGAGAAUCUUUCUUCCGGACCGUUUGACUCAGGAAGAAUUAACACUUACACGUGGUAAUAUAAAUACCCUUUUAAAACUUUUAGAAGGCAAAAUUGAUGGUACCGAUAUAUCGUCAAUUAGUAGUCGAGCCUGGACAAUUGCCAAAGGCACUCAACACGAAAAAUAUAUCAAUGUCUUUGAAAAACUCAGAGAUGAGUAUAAAACAGAAUUCCCAGAUCAAAAAUAUCACAAUAAACGGCCUCGUUGGAUUCAUAAAAACGCAUGUGAUUAUGUCAAUAAAGAUUCUUCUUCAUUACAAAAUUUUGUACCUGCACCUACACCUACCGUCCAAGAUCCUAUUACUAUUGAUGAUCAAUUUUCAUUUUUUUCACCAACAAACGAAAACGUUUUAUCGGAAGUUUUAUUUCAAGGUGAAAGAACACAAGUAAAUAAUUUGCCAAUCGAAAACAUGAUGAGCAUUACCCAUCAAGGAUAUGUUCCGGUCUGGCCAACCGAACAGCUUCCAACUUUCCAUGAACCCAUAAUUGGAGAGGACCAAUAUUUUUAG